AUGACAUAUGAGCGUGCAUUUGAAAUUCUCAAUCAAUUGGGAAGAAAUCGACUAUUAACUGACAGUUUCAUAGAUAACCUUUAUGUACCUUCAGGAGAUCCCCCAACGAAAUAUUUUUGGUCUGGUUUCGGAGUUGAUGAAAGUCCUGAAGUGGCCGCUGAAAUAGCUCGUUAUCACAAUGGUGUAACACUCGAAAUGCUAAUCGAACUACCUGAGAAUGCUGCUAUCAAAGGACAAAUGUGCAAGUGGCCACUCAAAGAAGAUGUAUCACCUAUUGCUGAAGCAUGUCGUGCACAGUGGAAAAAACUUUCGAGAACAUAUGCAGAAAAAACACGAGGUAUAUUCAUUUGA